AGUCACAAAACAGGGCGGACCCUUACGCAGUGAGGCAGGCCAUGCAGCACACUGGUACCUGGGACUUCUACCACAACAUGGUCUGAACAACUCCAGCAACACUCGUCUCGCCUGUUUUCGGUACUUCAGAAAAGGAUAAUCAAAAUGCUGAAAAGAUGCAUCCAGGCAAGACACCUGCUUCUUCGCGCUGUGUAUGUGCACAACAAGUACCUCAGCACCGCUGCGAGAGGGAGAACCCGGGCAUUGUAUAGACCAACUUUGCUUCUUGGAGGGGCGGUCGCGAUAGCUGGAACAGCCUUUCUAAGUUGGAGAAGAAAGCUGCAAGCAGCAGAAGAAGAUAGGAAGAACGGGACAGCAGAUAAGACAGCUUCAGGAGAAGAUGACGAACUUCAGGGGAAGAAGAAGAGACCGACCUUCAAAGAUAGGAAGGUGAUCGAAUAUGAGAACAGAAUCCGGUCCUUCUCCAACCCGGACAAGAUCUUCCGGUACUUCGCGACGCUGAGCGUGAUCUCGGACGGGCACUCGGAGGUCUACAUGACGCCGCAGGACUUCCUCAGGUCCAUCACGCCCGGGGAGAUGCAGCCAGAAGGUCUGGGUCUGGAUCAGUUCAUGCAUAUCCGAAAGGAGGAUGUUGGCGAGGUGGUGAGCGUGAAGUGUUCCUCCCCGGACAUCUUCUCCAAACUCGGCAACAACGGGCUCAUCAACUUCACGGACUACAUCUUUCUACUCACCGUGCUCACCACUCCCAGGCGGAACUUUGAGGUGACUUUCAGAGUCUACGACAUGGACGGAGACGGCCACCUAUCUCAUGACGAGUUCCUUAAGGUGGAGAACUUCGCCUUCCGGAACACCACUACCGGCAUGAAGCACUCAGAGCGUAGUGCCGUUGAUAAGGACGGAAUGGGGAGCUCCUUGGCUAUGUACUUCUUUGGGCCUCACCUGAACCAACGACUCACGCUGCAGAAGUUUCUGGACUUCCAGGAGAAGGUGCAGGAUGCUGUGCUGAAGCUGGAGUUCGAUCGUUGUGAGCCGGAUCACAGAAGCGGACUGAUUUCUAUCAGGGAGUUCUGCUACUCGCUGCUGAUGUACUCAGGUCUUUCUGAUAACAAGAAAAAGAAAAUGGUGGCCAGGGUCAAAAAACACAUUGAGGACAAACCACACGCACCCCCAGGCGUGUCGUUUGACGACUUCCGUAACCUGUUCCUGGCGCUGCAGCACCUGCACGACAUCGACAUCGCGCUGACGUUUUUCCACGCAGCAGGGGCGCCGCUGGACCCGACUACCCUGACACACGUCGCCAAAACCGUAGCGGCUGUCGAACUGGCUGAUCACAUCAUGCAAAUUUGUUUUAAACUAUUCGACGAAAACGAUGACGGAGUGUUGGACGACAGGGAGUUUGUCUCCUUGUUGAAACAGCGCGCCACGCGGGGGCUGACCCGUCACCAUGACACCGGAGUGUCCCGGAUGUUGUCCGCCAUUAUCAGGUGUACCAAGCAGGUCUACAGGGAGACAUACAGUGACUAGCUAGGGUCUACUGUUAGCGGUGUCUUAUUGGGGAAAUGUUGUUUUAUGGGGUGGGUAUUAAGAAUCGAUGAUGCGUUAAGUUAUUUACAUUGUUUUUAUGUAUAAUGUAAUUAAUACAAAAGGUAAAGAUGAAGUUAGUCCCAAAGACAAAAUACAACAAGAUGGGUUUUCAUACAAAGGCAUUGUACCUCACAGUGUAGUAGUUCCCUUAUAAUAAGAUUUCAAGAAAUUCAGAAGAUGAAAUUGACUCGACAUUCCUACAGACUCAGAUAGAUAGCCCAUGGUUGAAGAAAGAUUUUGAAAUCAUCAGUCUGAAUUUUCACAUGUAAGAAUAAAAAGAAUCAUUAUGAUACAAUGUACAUAAAAGAUUCAUGAUUACUCUCAUCUUUAUACGUAUCUGCGUUGCGAAAUAAAAUAGAUAGUAUCCGAUUCGUAGAGAAAAAUAAGAUUAUAAUGUGACUACAAUCAUAGCAUUACAAUCAAGCUUUCAACAUUCCGAAAGACCAGACAGCUUAGAUGUUUUCAAAUAUUGCUCCCUCACAUCUCUUAGACAUUUUAAAGUCAUGAACCGGCUAUGGGUAUGUUAUAACGCGAUGUAGGCGGAUACAUACUACGACCCAGGUAAGUCUAGGUCAUGCCAAUGGAACAUCCUGUCGGUUAUGUGAGCAGUGCAGAUGAGUAUGUGACCUCGUAUAUGUUGAAAGUUAGUUAAAGAAUAAAGCAAGUCCUGGGAACGGACACACCUGCUCACAUCGAGUGACAUAGGGCUGGGUAAAGGCUCACAAAGAGUUUGCGUCGACACCAUAUCAAUACAACCCGUCACGGUAUACACUGACUUUUUGUAAAUUUCGAAAGUAAUAACCACGUGUUCCAUGACUUAAGAGACAGAAGUGGGUUUUCACGGUUGCUGUUGCCAGGAAAGCCAAGUCGAUAUUUUGGCUUUUGGCAAUCCGUGGUGAAUAUAACGUUGAAUAUUGUCCCGUUUCUUUUCGGCCUUUGUUUAAUUACUACCAGCGUUAAGCAUUUUACAGUGCUAGUUUUCACGUAUGUUAUCUGUAAUAUAUGAUGUUACGAUCCAUUCUUUGGUGCUCUGUCAUUGUUGUAGAAUUGUAGAACUAGCAUUUUAUUUGUAUACUAAGAAUUUGAAGAACUGAUUAUAGUGAAUAAAAAAUACACAAAUAUCAA